AUGGACGCUUCCCAGAGCUUGAUAGCCCGUCUGUCUGAUGUCAAAUGGUGGUCUGAAUGUUUCGCGAAAGGAUUGGACAUAAUAUCCAUCCUCAGCGUUGGCUUCCUCUUGGCGUCUCUCUACAUAUCGUGUCACAUGGUAUACAAUCUUUACUUCCAUCCUUUGGCAUCAUUCCCUGGACCAUUUUGGGCCAGGUCUUCACUGUUGUGGCGAAUUUAUCAUUCUUCGGGUGGUCGCUUCCAUCGUCGCAUCUACGAGCAACACAAGAUACAUGGCUCUGUCUUCCGCGUGUCCCCAAAUGAGUUGUCUUUUGCUGGUGUAAAUUCAUGGAAGGCCAUCUAUGGCCAUCCUGCCGCGGGCCAAGCCACUAUGAUCAAGGCUGAAUUCUACGACAUCUACGGCUCUGGCUUCAAGUCCCUGUGCAUUGGUAGCGAGAGGAAGCCUGAGAAGCACAGUCGGAUGCGAAAGUCUCUUUCCGCCGCGUUUUCUACGAAAGCGUUGAUCGAGCAGGAACAGAUCAUCAAUGGCUGCGUGGAUGCUUUUGUCGACAGACUUGGUGAUGGGACCUCUGACAAUGGCAUCAACAUGACCAAGUGGUUCGAAAUGGUUGCUUUCGAUAUACUUGGAGAAAUGGCAUUUGGCGAAAGCUUUGGAUGUAUUGAUUCUGGUAAGCCACACUUCUGGUCGGAACUCAUUGAGGAGCAUCUGUUCUUCAUCACGGUCGUUGACAAUCUUCGACGCUAUCCAUUCUUUGUUACAUUGGGACGUUGGAUCUUACCUCUCACUGCUUCUCUUCGCGAUAAGCACACUGGACUGAGCAGAGAAAAAGUGGCAAAGCGGCUGUCAAUAUCCGAGCCCCGCAAGGAUUUCAUGUCUCACCUCAUCAAGAAAGUUCAAAAUGGUGAGAUGGACCGAGAGGAACUGACUGCGCACGCAUCGACUCUAGUGAUUGCUGGUGGAGAGACUGUGUCCACAUUUCUAGCUGCAUCUACCUUCUAUCUGCUGAAGAAUCCCCAGCACUUGCGCCGUCUGCAAACCGAGAUCCGUGGGAAAUUCCGCUCAUACGGGGAUAUAGAUGCGACUCGAGCUCAGCAAAUGCCUUUCCUCCAAGCCGUCAUCUCGGAGGGCCUUCGCAUAUAUCCUCCAGGAUCUCGUGGCUUCCCACGAGUUUCGACGGGCGGCACAAUUGAUGGUCACUACGUUCCUCCAGGAGUCGAUGUCUACACUAGUGCAUGGACAGUCACGCAUGACGAAGCGUACUUCAAGAACCCCUUUACGUUUGAUCCCGAGAGGUGGCUUGAUCCGAUGAGUGAAGAAGUCAAGGAAGCGAGUCAACCAUUUUCACUGGGUACCAGAGGAUGUUUGGGAAGAAACUUGAUACUUGCAAAAAUGCAUUGGAGAUAUGAUAUUGCGCUUGUGAAUGAGACAUUACAGUGGGAAGAACAGAGUAGGGAGCAUGUCAUGUGGACAAAGCCAGAGCUAUUCGUUCGCUUCCAGGAACAUAUGUCUAGGUGA